CCUUUUCCGUAACUUCUCGCGCCUCUUGAACAAGCAGCAGCGGUCGCUCCGGCGCAGCUGAGGACUGGAACGAUGAUGGCGACCGUCAAAGCGAGUCUUUAACAGGAAAAAAUCCGAAGCCAGCUCUACAAUGGAAGGACAUGUUUUCCCCGACCAAGAGCAGCUGUUGCAGUUUCUGAGGAGGCUCAAGGAGGUUUUCGACGUGUGUGACGAGGAUGCUGACGGCUUCAUCCGGGUGGAGCACUUGGAGGACCUCGGUCUUCAGUUCGGUCAAGGAGACGAGGUGAAGAAGUUAACCAGGUACCUGGAUCCUAACGCUCAUGGGAAGAUCAACUUUAAAGACUUUUGCCACGGAGUGUUUGCCAUUAAAGGUUGUGAGGAGAUACUGAAGAUGGCUGUGGGUCCUCGCAGCGUUAGCUCCAACCAGCCGUCUGUUACUGACAACGGUUACAUUUACCAGAACGGUGAGGCCAAGCUGGGCCCUCCUGUUAUCAUGUGCACGCGGUCCUACCCAGAAAGCAGUGUGUAUGGUGAGGGUUGUGGUGCCGACGGCGAGUGUGACAUGGACAGCAGCGCUGAAAACUCUUUGGAUCCGACACGGCAAGACAGACACCUGAUUGGCUCAGCGUCUGCGUCCGUCAUCUCCGGGGAGGAGCAGUUUGAAGAUUAUGGUGAGGGGGAGGAUGUGGAUUUUACCCCCAGCAGUCCUUGCCCUGAAGAUGACUCCCGAACAAAUGGCUUCUCAGACCUGGGAUCCUCCCUUCCCUCCAGUGCUGGGCAGACUCCUCAGAAGAUGCGGCAGCUGUAUAACAGUGAGCUGCUGGACAUCUACUGUUCUCAGUGCUGCAAGAAAGUGAAUCUACUCAACGACCUGGAGGCUCGCCUUCGAAACCUCAAGGCCAACAGCCCUAAUCGAAAGAUUUCCAGCACAGCAUUUGGACGUCAGCUGUUCCAGGCCAACCACAGUGUGUUUGGGUCCAGUCAGGGCAGCAGCACAGAGGAUCUGUUCGCAGACAGCAUCGACUCCUGCGACCUCGACAUCACAGAGAAAGUCAGUUAUCUGGAGAAGAAGGUGACGGAGUUGGAAAGCGACAGUCUGGCCAACGGUGACCUCAAGUCUAAACUCAAACACGAGAAUACACAACUUGUUCACAGGGUGCAUGAGCUGGAGGAGCAGGUGAAGGAUGCCGAGGCGAGGGCAGAUCAGAGUCUGGAGGAGGAGACCAAGAGGCACCGGGAGGCUUACAGCAAGCUGGACAGGGACAGAAACAUGGAGAUAGACCUGCUCUGUAACAGGAUACAGCUGUUAGAGGAAGAGAAUGGAGAGAUGAAGUUAAAUGUGUGCAGACUCAAGUCGCAGACUGAGAAACUGGACCAGGAGAAGCAGAGGAUGACAGACAAGCUGGAGGACACCGGUCUGAGGCUGAAAGAUGAGAUGGACCUCUACAGGAAGAUAAUGGACAAGCUCUGGCAUAACCGCCAUGAGUUUCAGAAGGAAAAGGAGGCCAUGCAGGAGUUGAUUGACGAUCUGCGCCGGGAGCUGGAGUAUCUGCAGAUGUUUAAGCUGGAGAUGGAGCAUCCAGGACAGGGCAAGGGCCUGUCGGAGUACAACACCAGGACCAGAGAGAUCGAGAUGGAACAUGAAGUCAAGAGACUGAAACAGGAGAACUACAAGCUGCGGGAUCAGAACGACGACCUGAACGCUCAAAUUCUCAGUCUGAGUUUGUACGAGGCGAAGAACCUGUUUGCCUGUCAUACCAAGGCCCAGUGCCUGGCGGCGGAGAUUGACAACGCCUCCAGGGAUGAGCUGGUCGACGCUUUGAAGGAGCAGGAGGAGAUCAACCUGCGUCUGAGGCAGUACAUGGACAAAAUCAUUCUGGCCAUCCUCGACCAUAACCCCUCCAUCCUGGAGAUCAAGAGUUAAACGCCACACACACACACACACACACACACACACACACACACACACCCUUGUAUUACUGUAGUUGUGGGGAUCUUCCAUUAACUGACUAUUAGCCCCUACCUUAAAGUUAUAAUCCUUGUGAUUUUAGUCCUGGUUGAUUUGGCGACGCGCGUGGUUUCUGGAGGGUAACGGAGGACAGAAAUGCAACAGAAGAGCAGCGGGUGUAUUCGUUCACAGUGCAGCCACAUAAACCUGUGUUGUUUUCUCAGACAUGAUUACCACGUCUUGUUUUGUAGACGCAUUUUUGCUGUGUGAUCGCAGUUGGAGCUAGCCUGCGUUUUGUGACUUCUGAAAGUGAACUAGCAGCAACAGGAAAUGUCGGGUUAGCAUUAGCGGUAACACUGGAUUACAUGCUGCAUCCUCUCCUGUCAAUCCCUUGUAUGUGUGUGAAGGCAAUUUGAAUCCAGCAAGGGAAUGGUGGACUCCGCCACUAACAAGAGAGAGAGAGAGAGAUACUGUAAUUGCUGAAAAAAUGCUGACCAUGAAUGGUAUCAAAAACAGGGUUUGGUUUAAUGAAAAUCUCAGGAUUAUAACUUUAAAGGAUUAUAACUUUAAACUAGAGCCCAAAUUCUGAAUGUGCUAAAUGUUCUCACUACUUGUGACUUGUGACUGAAACUGUUGCUAACAAAUGUAGUUGCACGCACGCACGCACGCACGCACGCACGCACGCACACACACACACACACACACACACACACACACACACACACACACACACACACACACACACACAGUGGAUGACCUUCAUAUCCACUCGAACCAAAUGCUUAUUUAUGACUCGGAUCAGUCAAUCAGUGUAGAACUGCUGUGCCAUGUUUAAUCUGUCUACCAACAUUUUAUAACUCUAUAUUUAAAACUACUGAAAUGUGGGGAUUGGUAAAUAUUUGGGAGUACAUAAAAACAUAUUUUGGUAUUUCAUGUAGACGCAGUACUAAUUGUUCUACAGUUACUGAUUAUAGAUGGGCUGUCUCUCACUGGGGGGGGCUCAGACUGAAACAGAGGCUGGAUUUAAGGAGUGUAGGACAUACAACAAUUGGCGGCAUAAAGGACCAUACCAGUGUUUUGCAUGUUUUCUACAAACCAUUUGCCAAAGCAGUCCAUAGUGUUUCGAAUUUUGAUUGUUUUUACCGUCUACCAGGUAACCUUCAUCUCAGGUGGUAUGAAAAUCAAUUUGUGGAGACUUGAAAUAAGCUUGAGUUCAGUUUUCAUCUGAACUUCAUGUUUGAUAUAUCGUUCAUCAUAAUAUUGAGUGGCAGUGCUGAGCAGACCCUGCCAGUAUCUGCCAUUGUAAAUGCAAGUUGACUUUCAUACAGUAUGGGAAUGAAUGGAAACCAGUGGAAGCAUCAAAGGAGGAUCACUUAGCGGAAUAGUUCCAAAUUUGGGGAAUUACGCGCAUUUACUGUCUUUCCGAGAGUGAGAUAAGAAGAUUGACAUCCGUCUAAUGUCUGUGUGUUCAGUACAUGGUUAGCUUAGACUAAAAAAGCAGGGAAACAGCUAGCCUGGUUAUGUCAAAAGUUUGGAUCUCUAAAUAACCGGUUGUAUGUAGUUUGUUUAAACAAAAGUUUGUCGUUUGUAGAGGGAGUUAUGAUUUGGAAGUAUUGUUGACGAAUAGAUGUUGAACUAUUAAAAAAAAAAAAAAUAUCUGUAAAAUGGUCAAAAUGAAUGUUAAGUAUUUGUGUAAAUGUAGUAAUUGGCUACAAAAUGCAUAAACACUGGCAUGGGCCUUUUUAGGUGACAUCGCUUCUAACCCUUUAAUUUGGCUGUCUGAACACAACCGAAUGUCUACAUGAUUAAUAUAUGCUGUAUACCACAUCCAAUCAGUCAGUAACUAUGUCAUGGAGCCUUUGAGGAACAAUUCCGUGCUGUGUUCCUGAAGACUACUCAUCAUAAAGGUAUUUAAAGGUGCUAAGAGCCAAUAUUACGUGCCAAAUCUUAACAUGUCACUGUUUUUUGUUUUUUUAUGGACAGAAAUAGUGGUAGGGCCUCAUACUUAUUAUACAGAGUUGGAUGGCUCACUUACAUCUCUCAUACAAAUGUAAAAAAGUAUUGUGUCCCUAUGAAAUGCCAACAACUAGAGCUGAACUAGACAAAUCCCCUUUUAAAGGUACUCUGUGGAGAUCAGGAGAGCAAGUAUGUCCCUGUUGGUUUUGUCUGCGGUAGCUUUCACAUGGCUAUGUCGAUAGGCAGUCGGUGGUGGUAAUGCACCAUCUAACGUAGGACACAAAGGCAGUGAAGAAAGCUAGCAAUUGAAAAGAAAUGGAAAGAAAAUGCACUCCGGUUUUGUUCGACCUCAAGAAUGCACAAUGUGUUUUGGUGAGUAACACUAAACCGAAAGCUCCACAGGCCACCUUUAAUACAGUUGUUCUUUGCGGUUCCUUAGCUUAUUACAAACAGUAGUUACUGAUCUAUUAAUUAGGAUUAUUUUUUUUUUAGAAAUGUUCUAUUAAUACUGUAUAAUUGGCAGUGUUCCAAGGAAAAUGUACCUACUAACUAUAAGCAACCUACUGAUUUAAAACGGGGAAACUCAAGUCGAUUCUAUGCUGCCUUCAGUGUCUUUGUGAACGAGGGGAACCACUUUAUUCUACCUAUGUUGUAAAUGAAUCUCACUUCAAAUGAUUUCACCUAUAUAUUUCACUUAAAUAUCAUUUCACACAUGCUUCUUACACGCACAGAGUGACCUGGAUAAAAUGGUAUUCCACAGGUGUGUCCCAGUGAGGAGAGCAGUAGCUGUGUAGUGAGCACUAUACAGCAUUAGGUUACAAAUGAAAGUUUUGCUCCAUUGCACAAAUUGUUCACCUAGUGAUAAUUUCAUCGUUUAUUUGCUUGUUCUUUCACAGGUUUUGUGCAUUUGCAUACGAGGUAUGAAAAUAAUUAUUUAAAGCUAUGAUUUUGUCCAUUGUUGCCAUAGUGAGUGAGCUUUUUUUUUUUUUAUAUUGACAUUUUUACUUUAAGACGCAGUAUUUGUGAUUUCAUACAUUGUAAAUGUUGUACAGAAUCUAGUUACUAUUAUUGUGCUAGUCAUUUCGCUUAUUAAAAAAAGUCUCUUAGAGUUUUGACACAAUAACAAAAUAUGUGUUGUAGAUUAUAACAAAGUCAAUAAUAUAUAGCACACUUAAAGGUGUCAUAGCCAAUGUAUUUAACUGGAAUAUUAAUAAACCUGAUGAAAAAAUGUUAUAGUCUGUCAUGUCUCACAUGUGUUCACUUUGAUUUCUUUCACUUGUGUAUUGCACAUGGAAUUCUGGUGACCACGUUAUACAAGAUGUAUAAAUAAAAUGCAUUGGCUUUGGCUUGACAAA